AGAGACAGCACGGUAUCAUUCGAAGGAACGAUUUGUUCUGUGUUAAUAAAUUUAAGUUAAAUAAUAAACAGUAAGAUAUGAAAUUCUCCAAGAUUUUCAUCUUUGUAUUCGCCUGCUUCAUGGCUUUGAACAACGUGAAAGCAGCACCUGAGAACUUCUUCAAGGAACUGGAGAGAGCUGGCCAGCGUGUUCGAGACGCCAUCAUCUCAGCCAAGCCCGCUGUGGAUGUGAUCAGCGACGCACAAACCAUUUGGAAAGGAGGAAGAGAUUAGAAGAUUCUUAUCUGUCGAAUUGAAGUCUUAAUUAUGUAUUUCUUAAUAUUUUAUGUACUCGUACCGUAAGUCAAUAAAUGUGAUAUUAUUUUAAUUGA